CCGUUCAGAACAAAAUGUCUGCGCCCAUACAGCGGUGCAAGUUAUGUCAAACACGGUCCAAAUCUCUGUUAUUUUCCCAAUUGCGAUACUGUAAUAAGUCGUUUUCAAGUUCCUGUAAAUUGAAUAGUGCCACUAAACACAAUCAAGUUGAAGCCUGGCAGCCUGUAAUAGGCUUAGAGAUACACGCUCAGAUCAAAGCCAACAGCAAGUUAUUUUCUCGUGCCAAUACAAUAUUUGGGGGACCUACAAACUCGCAAGUGGCCUUCCUUGACGCAGCCUUGCCUGGGACUCUUCCAGUACUCAACAGACGUUGUGUAGAGGCAGGUGUGAUCACUGCCCUUGCCUUAGGAUGCCAAAUCAACAAAGUGUCACGUUUUGAUAGAAAACACUACUUCUAUGCGGACUUGCCUGCUGGGUACCAGAUCACUCAACAGAACAAUGCUAUCGCAAACAACGGUCGGUUUCACUACGUACAGUAUGGCAACAAGGAGUCGGAUAUCAGGGAGAAAGCAGUCACCAUUCUGCAGCUGCAGCUUGAGCAAGACUCGGGCAAGAGUCUACACGAUGAUUUGGACAAGCAAAGUCUCAUAGACUUGAACAGGGCAGGCUGUGGACUGAUGGAGAUCGUGACAGCCCCAGAAUUCCACAGUGGAGACGAGGCUAGGUCCUUUGUACGGGAUCUAAGACAGCUGCUUGUAACACUCGGAACAUGCGAUGGGAAAAUGUCAGAGGGGUCACUAAGAGUGGAUGCCAAUAUAUCUGUGCACAAGCCUGGUCAACCAUUGGGAGAGAGGGCAGAGGUGAAAAAUUUGAACUCGCUUAGCAGCCUCAAGAAAACUAUAGAGUUUGAGAUUAAACGGCAGAUAGCUGUGAUAGAGUCCGGUGGCCGUGUGAUCAACGAAACACGCUCAUUUGAUCUUGAUACAGGUGAGACCUUGCCAAUGAGGGACAAGGAGGUGCAGCUAGAUUACCGCUUCAUGCCUGAACCCAACCUUCCUCCACUUAGACUGUACCAUAGGUCUGACCUGAAGGGGGCAAUGCAUGGGGAUAAAGUAUUUAUAGAUGAUCUGGAAAAGAACAUGCCUGUGUUGCCGCAGGAACGACGAGGAAAUCUCAUGCAGAAUUACGGCAUCAGCAUGUAUAAAGCUGCCUUUAUUGUGACAGAAAACCUUCAGGAUAUUUAUGAGGAACUCGUUUCCACUCGCAACGUCGAGGCUUUUACCAAUUUUUUCAUUAACACUGUGGCAGCCAGGCUUUUGGCCAACGAGCUUACCUUGGACCAAUGCCCCAUUCCUGGCAAGCAUAUUGGCUACAUUUACGACCAGUACAAAGAAGAAAACAUAAAUCUGACGGUUGCUGAAAAGCUAAUUGACACAUUGCUCGCCGAUAGUAGUGUUGACCCUAAGGAGCACAUACGUUUGGAAAAUCUCUGGCAAAUCAAUGACGUGGCACAGCUGACAGAACUUUGCAAGACCAUUAUUGCGGAGAACCCGAAGGCGGUGUCCAAGUUAAAGCGAGGGAAGGAUCGAGCUAUGAACACGUUGAUGGCAUCAGCCAGGAAAGCGACUGGGGACAGGGGCAACACCAGGAUUAUCAACCGUAUCUUCAAGGAACUGAUCGCUCAGAGUGAGGGACGGGAUUAAUUUAAUGAUUGAUUGGAUCUCUAAGCAUGGACACAGACUUGACCUGUAUCAGAGAGCGAGCAACGGGAAUAAUUAGUAGCUUGAUUUUGUUAGCUCGGCUGUUUUCGGAGAAAACCUGAGGUAUUGUCAUAGCCAGCUCGUCGUCCGACGUCUGCGUCGUGCUAAAACCUUUACAUUUUGUUAAGGUUGGCUCUUAAAUCAAAGUGCUUCAACCUACAACUUUAAAACUUCACAUGUAGCUGCACCUUGAUGAGUUCUCCAUCCACACCCAUUUUUGGGUCACUAGGUCAAAGGUCAAGGUCCUUGUGACCUCUUAAAAAAAAAAAAAUCUGACAAGCUUCCAUUUAAUAUGCUCCCCCAAAAAAUUUUGGGGGGGGGGAGCAUAUAGUUGCGGCUUCGUCUGUCCGUCCGUGUGUCCGUCCGUGCACAAUGUUUGUCCAGGCUAUUUCUCAGCAACUAAUGACCGGAAUUCAAUGAAACUUUAUGGGAAGGUUCACUACCAAGAGGAGAUGUGCAUAUUAUCAGCAGGUUCUGGUCGGAUGAUUUUUCACAGAGUUAUGGCCCUUUGAAAUUUUCCAUUAACUGUACAUAUAGUGCAAUUCUUGUCUGGGCUAUUUCUCAGCAACUAAUGACCGGAAUUCAAUGAAACUUUAUGGGAAGCUUCACUACCAAGAGGAGAUGUGCAUAUUAUCAGCGGGUUCUGGUCGGAUGAUUUUUCACAGAGUUAUUGCCCUUUGAAAUUUUCCAUUAAUUGUACAUAUAGUGCAAUUCUUGUCCGGGCUUUUUCUCAGCAACUAAUGACCGGAAUUCAAUGAAACUUUAUGGGAAGCUUCACUACCUAGAGGAGAUGUGCAUAUUAUCAGCGGGUUCUGGUCGGAUGAUUUUUCACAGAGUUAUGGCCCUUUGAAAUAAAUUUUAUAUUUAAAAAAUCUUGUCCCCUCAACUACUGUGCCCUCAAGACGUUUCCUUUUAUCUGAAUAUAUAGUGCAAUAUUGUGACAAUCA